GGCGCUAAUUUGUGAUUCUUGAUCUAGUCUUGACCUCAGGCCUGGUCUUGACUCAUUUGUCAUGUCCUCCGAAGAUAUCGCAGAGGAAAUCAGAAACUCCUUCCCUGGCACCGAAGAAGUAAUUGUCCAGUAUUUAUCUGGCUAUUUGGUCGAUGAUGCUGGCGAAGAAGAGGAUGUUUUGCAAGUUGCUCGUGAGAUGCUGGAGUCAUUAGCUGGGGGUCAAAAUGCGGAGCUGGAGAAGCUCAUGAAUCGACUGGGGGACCUGCUUGAAGACAUGCUUAUUGCCCGGCAGAAACGCAAAACUGGUCCCAAACUGCUUCAAAAAUUGGAUAAAGUGAUGGAUAUGAGCAAAACCCAAAUAUCAAGUACGAUAGCACUGGGAGAGGGAGUUGAUUUGGAGUCAAUCAAUAAGGGAAAAGCAUCCAAAGUAGAUGUGAAGAAAUUGGAGAAACAGGAAGCAAAAUUGAAGGCCAAGAUAGAGAAACGUUCGCGGAGGGACCUCUACGAGGGAUCCAAACUGCUAGAUGCUCACCGGAAACAGCAAACUUACGAGGAAAUGUUUAUGAAAAUCAAUCCGUUAGAGGCAGCCAACUCGAGGAACAAGAGCAAAGACAUACACCUUCCCUCAAUUGACGUCAGCUUCGGUUCAAAUCGUAUUCUAUCUGGUGCAACUUUGACGCUCGCCCAUGGAAGGCGAUAUGGUCUUAUUGGUCGGAACGGUGUCGGUAAAUCGACACUCUUGCGCCACAUCGCGAUGAGAGAGGUCCCAAUUCCAGCUCACAUUACGAUUCUUUUCGUUGAACAGGAGAUUAUUGGAGACGAUACAAUCGCUAUUGACUCGGUAUUGAAGGCUGAUGUUUGGCGUGAUCACUUGCUGAGAGAGGAGGCCUUACUUAACGCGAAGCUAACCGAACUUGAGGGCGAGGGCGAUGACAAACGGUUCGAGGAUGCAAGAGAAGAGGCAUCUUCACGGCUGGCUGAAGUUCAUGCACGUCUUUCAGAAAUGGACGCGGAGAGCGGACCAGCCAGAGCUGCAGCUUUACUUGCCGGCCUGGGAUUUGACGAAGCGGAUCAGAGGCGACCGACAAAAUCGUUCAGUGGUGGUUGGCGAAUGCGUUUAGCUCUGGCGCGUGCGUUGUUUGUCAAGCCAGCCCUCUUAUUACUCGAUGAACCUUCAAAUCACAUCGAUCUGAACGCCCUUGCCUGGUUAGAGGAUUAUCUUCAAACCUGGGCGGGAACUCUUCUAGUUGUAUCUCACGAUCGAGCUUUUCUUGAUGCAGUUGCAACGGAUAUCGUUCAUCAGCAUUCGGGCAGAUUGGACUAUUACAAAGGAAACUUCACGCAAUUCUAUUCUACUAAGUCAGAGCGGGAUCGAAACCUACGCAAAGAGUACGACGCUCAGAUGGAUUACCGCAAGCAUUUGCAAGCGUUUAUCGAUAGAUGGAGAUACAAUGCUAAUCGCGCUGCCCAGGCUCAAUCGAAAAUCAAGAUUUUGGAAAAGCUACCUGACCUUGAACCACCUGAAGAGGAUGAAACAGAGAAUUUCAAAUUCCCGGAAACGGAAAAAAUAUCCCCUCCCUUAUUGCAGAUGUCCGAAGUAACGUUCGGUUAUACCCCUGAAAAAAUCAUUUUGAAUGGUGUCAGUUUUGAUGUCGGAUUGGACUCGAGAAUAGCUAUUGUCGGAGCUAACGGUUCUGGAAAAUCUACACUAGUCAAGAUACUAACAGGGGAGCUAAAUCCAUUGGGCGGGCAAGUGAAUCGGAAUGGUCGACUACGAGUAGGAUACUUUGCCCAACACCACGUUGAUUCUCUCACACCGACAAUGACACCCGUUCAAUUUCUGGCCUCCAAAUUUCCGGGAAAGACCGAGCAAGAGUACCGUCAACAUUUAGGAAACUUCCAGAUCAGCGGUAUGACAGGCCUUCAAUUAAUCGGUACUUUGAGUGGAGGUCAAAAAUCUCGUGUCGCUUUCGCGGCUCUUUCCCUUCAAAGACCACAUAUCUUAUUGUUGGACGAACCUACCAAUCAUUUGGAUAUUGAGGGUCUGGACGCUCUUAUGGAGGCAUUGAACUCGUGGAAUGGAGGUGUGAUCAUCAUAUCGCACGACGAAAGGUUCAUCACGAACGUCGCUCAAGAACUGUGGGUAUGUGCCAAUGAGACCGUCAGCAAAUUCAGAGGGGAUGUUCAAAGCUACAAGAGCUUAAUCGUGAGCAACAUCAAAAUGAAGCCCUAAGUAGACCAUUUACUGUAAUCUUUGCCCGAUGUGUAUCAACAUAUCUAACCGGUGUAUCGAUGUUUACAAAAAGUUAUCUGCCAACCCCCUUUAGGAUUCUUAUGACUGACCACCAUUUUAUGCGUACGGACUUCGUUGCACCCCAUCUGUGAUAACUAAUGGGCCGAAUUCAAUGACAGUUAGCCUCUUCUGUCGAAUGGUUGGUAUCUGACGGUAUUCGAUUUGUCUCUGACUUUGUAUAGGGUUGUUGUAGUCAUGAUCACAUUCG